UCGUCGUUUCGGUCCGUUGGUGUGUUUAGUUCGUAUGGAUCGGCGUAUUUUUCCCUUCUUGCAUUUGGACGAAUGCGCAAAUAUGCGAGCUCAACAUGUGUGCAGGAACACGCGUCUGUAGUUGUGCAGAGCGGCACGGUGUGCGUGUGUGUACAGGCACCAUCCAAUCAGUGUGACCUGCAGGUUACAUUUUUUUUUUUGUAUUUGCCGUAUUCUGUCUUUCGGUCGGUACCAUCGGAACCCGAUUCUAUUCUUACUUGGCCCCGGCGGACACAAAGAUUGAAGGAAAGAUAUAAAAGAAAAGGAAGGAGGAAAACCGGAUUCGUAGUGCAUUCAGUGUGUGGAUUGCCUGCCCGAGCCCGCAAUCGUCGUCGUCGUCGGAGUUGGUGGUGGUUGUUGCCAGUUAGUGCCAGUGUUUGAAUGUGCGUCGUCCGUUCGCUGGUGUAAAGUUGUGCGGCGCGGUUCUGAAGAAGAUAUUAGAACAGAGAGAUAAAAAGUGUGCAUAUUUUUUGGCACCGUGAAUUAUAUAUUUAGUCGUCGGUAUCGGUAAUCGGUACAUCCGUCGAAAAAGAAGUUUUCCGUUCGUGUGUCCGUUAGUUGAUCUCCUCAGAUCAACUUGUUUUUGCCUCCUUCGCCGUGCAGCUUUCGUAUUUGCCACGAGAGAACGAGAGAGAACGGGAGUGAGUGGAAAAGGUAGCGUGUGUGUGCGAACAAGAAGGAGUAGGUGCGCGCACGCGCUUCGCUACAAGUGUGUGCGUAUGUGUGCGCGCUGCGCGUGCUGCCUGUGUGGGAUUGUGUGCGUACGGUCCGGGAGCGUGCGUGCACAGACGAGAGCGGCGGCAGCGGUGUGCUUUUUGCGUGCUCUCCGGUCGACCCCGCGAGUGAGUGAAUGAGAGCAGCUGAGCUGUUGCACUGUCAAGCGGCUGUCAGCCAGUGUGUAUGCGUGCGCUGGUGUGUGAGUGAGAGCGAGAUACAGUGAGUCAAACGGAGAAGGAAAGAUAAAAAGAAGAAAUAUUUCAUUGAAAAUUUAACGUGGCAAAAUCGGUGGAAGCUCCAACGGCAAGAGUGCUGUUUGCGUGUGUGUUCGUGUGUACUGCUGGGUGAUCGGCAAGUGUGUACGCAGCGAAAGAAAUACAGAGCCACCGAAGUACGGCACCACUGCUCCUGCUGUUGCUGCUUACGUACCAGCUGAAGGUGGCCCAGUAAAAUUGAUCUAAAUAACGACGAAACGGAGGCGCAAUAUUGCGAAUGCCACGGGCUGUAUCAAAACGGCCCCAAUGUGCAAGUGAUUGUUGGCAAAGCAACAUCGAGCGUGUGUCAAAGAAGCAGAAGAAAGUGAAAAGAAGUGUCCAGUGAUCAACACACAACGAAAGAUCAACAGUCCCAGAAUCCGUGUACUGGUGUGCUGUCACGUAGCCUUUGGUGUUGCCUUCGCGACGGUUCCACUACCAGCAGCAGAUUCCGCUGCGAAGUAAUAACACACAGCGUGACUGCAGUGCUGUGCCGUGUAGUGUUCAGUGUGUAGUUGUGAGAAGCUACUACCAUUGUUGUUGUUGGUGGUGGUCGUGGCUCCAACCGUCGAAAGUGGAAGAGACUGAAGGUUUGGCCGAUCGAAAUAAACGGUGGUUGUUUUGCAACAACAACAGCAACACAACAGUGAUUGCUGCUACCUUGCAUUGCUCACUCUAUAUAUAUACACACACACACACAUACACACACGAAACCACCACAAACACAUACGCGUUUGCCGUUCUCUUUCACGGCCUCCUGUCUGCCUGUCUGGUGCUGUUACUGCUGCUGCUGCUGCAAGGUUGUCAAGCGGUAGUGCAAUCAUUGUUGGCUGGCUGCAGCAUUGGACUGCAAGACGCAGAAGGAAGGUUCCCGCUGGCACGAGCGAACCCUAGGUCGCACAUCCCUAAUCUUCAACGCACACCUGUGCCCUGUGCCAUUACCACCAACACCAUUGGAUCCAUCUGGUUAUCAGUUGGGUAGAGCGCAGCACCCCCAGUUGCCAAGAUGGCUGCUCUGUGUGCUGGGAGCUACGGAUUGUCACAGCAAGGCAGCCUAAACGAUGAGAACAAGGAGUUGAUUUUCGUCAAACUGACCGACUCGGCAUUGCGAGCCAUCGAUGAAUUUAAACGCACGCAGGCAAAAUUAGGUACUUCCCACAAUCCGUCGAUUCAGUUUCUUCAGAAUGGGCAAGGCUUUCUAUCGUUUCCAUCCGGAGGCAACAACGUGCAGAAGUUUAACUUCUCCAUUACCGACAUCGACACUGGGUCGAUCGAGUGCAUUCAGCAGGCCUCGGGUCAGCUACAAAAUAUGGGCCAUAUUCCACACAAAAUGCGGAUACACGCGAACGACGAUGUGUAUGAAACGACGAGGCAUAGACUGGCGGCUGCAGAAGAAAAUCAAAAGAACAAAUGCACUAGGGAAAUCAAACCUAAUCAAACAGAUAUUGGGCGUAAAGUGAAGUUAAAAAACCCAGCCAUCCGCAACAUUCCUAGUAGUAAUGCAGCAGUUGUAAACAAACGUGAUUCUAUCUAUAGCAACAAUUCUGUGAAUAAGUCAUCCUCCGUAGCAGCAAGCCAGCUAUCGUCUAAUAAUAGUGUUAAUAAUUAUAACAAUUUAGCAACAUCACCAAAACUAGUUAAAGCCAACGGUCUGCAUCAGUCGUCCCAUCAGCCACAGCAACAACCGCAGCCUCAACAACAGCAACCGCAGCAACAACAACCGCCGCAGCAGCAGCAGCAGCAACCACUACUGCAGCAAAAUAAUCAAUCGCAACAACCAACUCAGUUGCUUCCGGUGCAGCAAAAGCCCGGCUACCAGCACACCGUGCACGAUCCACCUCACUCACAGCAGCAACCCCCCCAACCGAAGCUGUCGGAAAAUGGCAAUGUCCAGAACAGGGUAGCAAAUGGGCGAAAGUCGGCGAAUGCCGAUUACAUGAAGUGUAACAUAAAGGAGCGUCUUAUCCACAUGCUAGCGUUGAAGCCAUACAAGCGGCCAGAGUUAGUUGUGAAGCUGCAGCAAGAUGGAGUGCGCAAGGAGGAGAUGAAAUGUACUCAGCAAAUACUGAAAACCAUAUCCAGCACUCGGGACGGGGUGCUCAUACUGCACCGGAACAUUUGGAACGAGGUGCAGGACGAUUGGCCUUUCUACUCGGAACAGGAUCGACAAGCGGUGAAACGGAGAAGGCCUCAAAACUUGACACCUCCGCUCAGCUCGGACGGUGGCUCAUCGACUUCCGGGCAGAGUCCGUCUAGUGCACACAAUGGGAACAGUCCUCAAUCGGGUACCAAGCGAACCGUUCUUGCCGGCAGUGAAGAAAUCGGCUCAACACCCACCGCCAAAAAGCAACGCAUCAGUCAUUACAAGAAAGAUACUAGUGCGGACCAUACGAGUAGGCGCGGCAUUACAGAUUCCAGAGACAGUAGUAAUAUGAAUCCACGAUCGAGGGAACAAGAUGAUCACAACAAUCACCACCACCACCACCACCACCACAACCACAACCACCACCAACAUCAUCAUCAUUCCAUACGUUCGUCGCACUAUUACGGACCUAAUCUAACGCCAAACGCCCAGGAAACAGAAGAUGGUGUUAGUUUGAGUUACUCACUGGUAUCGAACGAUGUUGCCAAACGGAUAGAAUCGUCAGUGUGCGAAACGGAAGCUGAACGGGAACCAUUCGAUACCGGCUAUCUGGACGGUGCGCAGCAGAUGAACGGCGGGGGAGAAGAUGAUUUUGUCAAUCAAUUUACAAGGAUAACGACGGUUGAGCAACGGCGUAGAUACAAGACUGAAUUUGACAACGAAUACAAGGAAUACCGGCGACUGCAUGAAGUGUUAGAGAAUGCUUCGCGGAAAUUUGCUCAGUACGAAGAUGAUCUGCUACACGAACCGAAGGAUACGCAACGAUACAAGGAAAUUCAAAUGAAAAUUCUGAAGGAAUACGAGAAAAGUAUUAAAAACGUUAAAUUUCAGCAGGACAAAGAGCGGUUUAACUAUCUUCACAAGAAGCUGUCUCACAUCAAGCUCCUUGUUCGUGAUUACGACACGUCGAUAACCAACGGCUCGUGCAGGCCACAGGAGAAUUACUGACGAUUGUUGAAACACAUGAAGCGUUCGUAUUUUAUAUGUUGAAAAAGACAAUAUUUAUUUCGACGGGAUGGGAUAAAUUAGUCAAUCUUCUUCACCCUGUACGCUCCCAACCACGCCAAUUCGUGAAUCUUCCGGAAGGGAACCCCAAUCACCCACAUCUUGUUUGUUCGCAUUGGCAACGAAACAAGCGAUCAGAUUUGUUUCAAAAUUUCGAAUUUCAACUCAAGCAGCACGACGAUAAACAAAAUGCCCGGAUAGUAGGAAGUUUGCAUGGCAAGGAAUGGACCGGUCUGCAAAACAAGGUAAUUGAGUGUGUGUUAGCAUUGGUCAAUCAAUUACAUGCUUACCGUAGUAAUACUUUACUCCUUGGUUUAUAAUUGGUCGAUUUGUUGACUGAUACCCACAGUGCUUCGAAUCGCUAGACAAUUGCAAUUUGUAAGGUUGUUUUUAUUUCCACUCACUGUUCUCACUGGCUCAGGAUUGAUGGUUGCCCAAAUUCUCAUUUUAUUAUCUUCAUAGUUAUGUUUUGUUUUUCUUUGUUACUUACUGGGUUGUUGUCGUUUUUCGGUUGGCGUAAUGAUUGUCUAGAUCCUUAAUUGCCAUUCUCGGUAGUCAGUCCUUGCCAGUUUUGCAUGGAUGCUGCGGUGAUUGGACGAUCGAUACUGGACACUUGAACUGAAUUUAAAGAAAAAAAUCACCACGCAUAUAUAAACCACGUAAAACCUUUGCCAAAUCUCGGAAACAUCCAUGUCAUGAAAUUGAUGCAUAUUUGCGUAGAACACACAGCUGCCUGUGUGUGUGUGUGUAGCAGGUUCCAUGAUUCGCUUUGCAAAAACAAACGAAACGAAAAAAAACACAAACAGUUGUUCGUAAGAAACUCGAGCGGAGUUGGAUGCUCAGAAGCCCCAGACCUGCAGUACGCGAAUCGUCCAGCUCGUGUAGUACGGCAAUUCGAGGAGGCUGUUACGCGGGGAACCCCAACAACAACUCCUACUCCAUACAUCCAAAUUGGGAUUGAUGCAGCAGAAAGACGUAUGAAGCUAUAGCAGUUAUUAUGCUCGAUUGAGGUUGAUCCUGGUGCAGUUAUACGCCGCGGUCGGUCGUACUGCAGCAAAUGUUAAAAGUAACGUAAUUUACAGUUAAGCAAGCUCACGUACGCUCUAAAAAGAGCUCACAGAGACAAACACAAGUAGCAAAAUAUCUUACAUCUGCUCUUCAAUGGCUUGGGAAUUUAAAACGAAAAAGGUUAUUUAGUUAACUAGUGUUCCUUUUGUGUUUGUUCCGUUAGAUAAUUGGUUAUUGAUUGUUUACCGUGUAGGGGAUAGCAGAAUGGUAGUGUGGACGUGUUAUGACAAAUAGUCAGAUAAAGCGACCCUCUCGUCAGCGCGCCCUCUCCGAUAUGCACAAGCACAGUUAAAGCUAGCAAAUAUUAAUUUAGCAGUGCCGAGAGCAGAGAGCGGAGGUGUGUUUCGUUCGGUGCAAAGAUGCAAUCGAGAAACGAUGCGAGUGGCGACAUAUGUUGUGUGCAUCAGUGUAAUGCUUGUAGUGGUGAUAACAAUAAGUAGUACGAGGUGCAACACACCUCACAUUAGCAAUGGUGUGUCAGCAACCGGAAGUUACUGAGUUGUCUGCGAAAAAAGCCCCAAGUGCGCACGCCAUUCGUUCAAUUUAAUUGUAGUUUUGUUUUUUUUUUUUGUUUAUCUUGUUGUAAAUAAAUCUGCCUAGAGAUUGGUAACGAGCAGCAGUGCGGUGGAAUUUCCAAAACUGAAAGCAAAAGAGAUAUUAGUGCCACACUCUGUAAAUGAGGAAAAAAUAAUACGCAUUACGUUCUAAUUAAAUUGACGCAACAGAUCGUUUGAUACAAAACACACACACACACACACACACACACACAUACAUACACGCACACGGAGCAGUGGGAGCGUGUGGCAUUUCGAUUUAGUAGCGCGGGUUUUGCAAUUGCUCCAGGAAUAACAUUAUUUACAUCUUCUGGACUAGACUAGAACACUGCGUGUAGUUGCGUACAGCAAGCCUCGGUGUGUGAUGCAAAAUUCCAGAUUGGCAAAAUGUGCCAUGAUUAUGAAGAGAACACACACACACACACACACAUAGACGUAAAAUGAUCGCGUAAUUCAAACGAGGGAAGAAAGCACUACAUCCAAAAAUUUCACUCAAAGUCACCCAAUAUAUAAAAAACACCUCCAACUAACACUCCGACCAAUACACGUGCAGAUAAUGAGAUUAUCUGUCAACACUUUGUUACCACACUUUGAAUUUAAUUAUAUUUGAUAUUGAUUUUCCGUUUAAAAUUCGUUUGUUGUUUUUUGUUUCUCGAUUAUGAUGCUUGAUGGCCUACGUCCAGUUAGUUGGUUGGUUGGCCCAAGUAAGUAAGCUUAACCGGGGGUAGUACACUCUGGUUUCAGUAACGUGAGAUAAUUUUGGGAUUUUUUUUAAAGAAACGGUUUUUCUGGCCAGUUCAACAUUGUAACACUACAUGUCAACAGCGCUAACACGCUAAUUCGGCAUCGUUGACCCUUCUCAACAAGGAAACACAAACUUUCUCAGCUCCGUAAAAUCGCAACUUAUAUAGACCGGGGUUCAAAUCUCAUCCGGAGCGGCCUCCUCAUAGUGAGGACUGGCAUGACUUAAGAAGAGGUCGUUAGGCCGUGAAAGGAGGUUAAAUUGCAUAUAUCGAUGUCGUAUUAGCAUUUUAUGGUGUUAACAUAUAGUGCUGCAAUGUAACUCUUGAUGCAUGGCCAACAGUAGAAUAUGUCUGUUCGUUUACAAAAAUUGCAAGUCCCCUUCGGUUCGGUUGAAAAUCCGAUACAGUUUUGAAAAAAAGCUUUCGGUUUUACACCAAGAUGGACAUGAUCGACAUCGGGAAAAUGGCUGCGUACUAUGAAAGAACAAAAUGUGUGGCGAAUUCAACCAUUUAAAUCGCGCUCAAGACGACGCAGAAGAAGCGUGUCUUGUUAGGGGAGUAGACAGUUGAAAUAUUUUUUUAAAAACAAAAACAGAGUGUAUUUCCGUCUAGCUGGCCACUUGCCUAAUGACUCAAUUGUGCAAUGUUAAAGUAAUCGUAAAAAGCGUAUGUCAUCGGUGGUAUGAUUUUAUUUAUCCUCCCUGCCGUUUAGUUUGCAAACCUGUUUUGGUAAUCUCACCUUUGCUUCUCCCUUCUCCUGCUUGGUUUGGUAUGUUCUGUUCUGUAGGGUUUUCUUUUGAUGGCAAAGUUAUUGAAGCUAGCUAAUUGUUUAAUAAUUUAUUGUUUGAAGCUAGCGAAAGGCAACAGGCAGGCAAGAGAUUGAAUGUUGUUAUGGGGCGUUUUGUUUCGGGCUCCUGAUUCUUUCUGCCAUUGAUAUCCUGCACAAAAAAAAUGAUUGUUGAAAGUUUGGUUUUGAUUUCGGAAUGCAUUUUUGAUCCAUCCAAUCGGUGGGUGUACACCACCAUGUUUGCGUGCCACGUUCGGUCAGCGAAUUUUAGACUAGAAGCUAGACGUUGUCCUCUACAAAAAAAAGGAAUGGAACAAGAAACUACACAUCACUACACAUUUUUAUAGUAACGCAGCGAAGCGCCAGCAACGACUGAAAGACGUAAACAAUGACUAGCUCAUAAGUGAAGGCGAAAGGUACGAAAAGUGCAAUCAAACAAUGCAACCAUUUCAAUCAAAUGUAGUCAGCCGUGCUGGCAUGUACACACACACAUAUUGUAGCGUUGAGAGGCGUAUCUUGCAAUUACGGAAAUCGGCAAUUUCAAAUUUUACUGUUGCAUUGUUGGCAGCGUUGUGUUGACCGAAGGUAAUCUUAAACAAAUAGCGUGAUAUAAUGCACUGUUUUAUUUAUUUAUGCGGUUUUUUUUGGUUUGGGAAGAGCAAAAUGGAAGAACGUGGUCAGCGUACACGUGCAAGAGGAACAGAAAAGCAUUACAUUACAAGACACAAAGUGCCAAGAAUGCUUGAUUCUUGUAGCAAGACAUUCCCUCCUUUCUAUUCGCUCCGUCAGCUGUAAAGGCCGUAAAGUAGGGGAAACAAAAUUGUCGCGGUAGAACAUACUUUGCAACGAUAUACGAAUCCUGAGAACGACACUAGGCGCGCACUGUGAAAGAUAAGCAGCACACGCAAUAAGAGCUAGAAGCCACAUCACGCUGAGCGUCCACUACUGCAGUGUUCGUCGCAUCCUUCCUAUCAUCGUCCGUGGCUGUAAGAGUGUGUGUUUACUGUAAGGAUGACAGUAUUUUUUAGCUACAAUCACAAUUAAAAACUUCCUCCGUCUGACAAGUGACUUGCAUACGGCAAGUGAUACGAUUUACACAAGGGGAAAACAUCAAAGGGUUUUAAUAAUUCUCUCCCGUCGUCAGAGCACCGACCAAGGGAACCUAACAGUGGUAACAAUGGUUGUUACAAAAAGGGAUUUUAUGUUUUUUUCCUCACGCUCUGACACCGAAUAAUAUUUUUUCAAACGCAUUUAGUCCUUCCUAGUUAUCCGCCCGAAUCACAAAUUUUAUACCGUAAAAGACAAUGAAGCAAAUAGGCAAUGUAGCGCUCGUCCACAGCAUGAUCGCAUGUACGACAACUUACCACGAAUCAUGUAGCGCCACCAGACUGACGAAGCAAACGGAUUGGUCCAGAUUGUGCCGAAUGCCGGGUAGGGAAGAACUUUUUAAACAAAUGUAUCUAAUCUUCUCCCCUCUUUUGGUGGUGGUGCGAUUGGGUUGCGGUGUUGUUGAGAUCAAUGCGAAACCCUGUACAACGCCUGAAAUGAAAUUACCAAUCACUUCCUUUCCAAAAUCAAAUUUCCAAUCAGCUGUGUAAAUAUAUACAUUUUACAAGUGAAACAAGGUGAAACAAGUUAUGAAAGCCCACCUGUUUUGCUGUAUGCAACGCAAAUUUGGUCAUCUGUUGUACAAAGUAGAGAGCACACAGGAGCAAAAGCAAAAGCAAACCAUUUGAGCGUACAUAAUUUGAGAAUAGGCCGGCAAACAGUUUAAACAGCUACAAAUAUUUCAAAACUGUUACUGUUUAAUGUGCGCAGAUUAAUCAAAAGCAACAGUCAACGAGCGACUCUUUUGUUUUGUGAUGCAACCUUUGGGCAUAAUUCACUUUUAACGUUUCUGAGAUCAUUUGCGCCCGUUUUUAAGUUGUAGGACAAUAAGAUAAAAAUUACUAAUGGCACAAAUAUUGCUACAAACCUGAUCUGAUCCUGUCGAAUUGUCUUCUAAUGUACGACUCUAGUGCUUCCCCAUCAUUCCCUUACCUAACAAGUUGGCCACAUCUUGCGAACAACACGCUCCAACCCUCCCAGUGCUACCCUUAAGUACGUACCGAAACAAGUAGCUUGUAUAUUUCAAUAAGUGCGUAUUACAUAGCUUCUGACUGUUGCAGACCAUAUUACCUGGUACACGCCAUUCUGGUAACAACAAUACGAAGCAUGAGCAAUAGAAAGCAAUCGUAGUUCAUUAGACAACUCUUAGCUAUGACCACUAGUGAAACACUGCAAGAGACAGCAGCAAGAUGGAUUAUAUUUAAACGCAACUGCUUCUUGAUGUGUGUACUUGCAUGCCUUCAAACAAAACAAAACAAAAAACAAGAAAAACAUUGAGUCUUCAUCCACACACCUCCACUGUACAUCCACCGGAGCAAUAUGUCGGAGCCCUGAACGCGGCCACAUUUGGACCGAAGCGUUGUGUGGACUCGUUUUGCCAAGUCUUUGUAAAUAUUUGCGUAAUAUAUAUAUACCAAGUCAUCCUUAAAUUGCGCCGUGCGUUUCUGGUGCCACAUCCAAUUUCUAUUGCUUCAACACAGCAAUUGCAUCAACGAUACACGCUGCAAUAUUGAUUUGCUGCUGCUGCUGCUGCUGCUAGUACGGGGACCAAAAAUUGGCUACAGUUACCAAAUUAAGAUGAACGAAUUAAGGAGAAGGCAUUAAGGAGCCGGGCACGCGUGGUUUGAGAUUUCAUUUGAGCUGGUUCUCUAAUGAUGAUUUUCGCUCCUUGCUGCUGGAUCAAAGGGGUCAGUGUUUAAUGUAGAUGUGGUUUGUUUGUUGUUAGCGUGUAUUUUUUUUCUGCUCUCUUCUGCGUUCUAUCUUUUACUCUACAAAAUCGGAAGUGGAGAACUUGUAGUGCGUGUACUGCAUUGCAUCAGCUCAACAUGAAGUACACAUAGGGGUCACGAGAGAGCUAAGAAGGGAGCAAUUGACUAGAGCAAUCUUUUAUUGAAAAUAUUUAAACAAAACCGAAUGAAACAGUAAACGAAAAUCAAAUUACCAUACGCACGUGUUUUACUCAAAGCUAAAGUAAAAAAAAAACACACACACACACACACAUAAAUUGAAAGCACAUUGAUAAAGUGCGAUACGUUAAAGAUUCGAAAAGCAAUUAAACGUCCUUUCCUCUUAACUGCCAGAGAGGAAAGAAUUGUGUGCCGGUUCAACACAACAGCCCGCUCGUCGUCUCUGUAGCAUUGUUUCUCUAUUGUAACUGAAAUUAGUUUAGCAGUAGAGCGACCUAGAUUGAUUGACCUUCGGGGCGGGAUGAUUCCGUUUGUUCAGCACAAAAUAUAUUUUGAAAAAGAGGAGAUUAAAACUGAGUAAAACACAAGUGUGAAAGUGUGUUAGUGCAUUGCUAUUCGAAAACAGAAAAGCAAAGCAGGAGCAAAGUUACGCAAAAAAUAUCAAAACCAACAUGCGAGUGGCGAAUAACUGGCUGAACUUAAGUAAGAAAAUAAUAACGAGGAGGAGGCAGUAUUUACGCAAAAACUGAAUUACACAUAUGUGAGUAGUACGGACACGUUAGGAACCAAAAUCAAACCAGAAAUCAUUAUUUUUAGCAUACAAUGAAUGAAACAGUAGCAUGCAGUAUAUCGAUUUUCAACACGCAACAUUGUACUAUAUCGAGUCUGCAAAAAUCACAAGAGUCCUCAAAACAAAUGGCAUACACACACCCGGCACAAAAAUGAACCAGAUACGAAAGUUUUAAAGCAACCAAUAAUACACACAUCAUCUCAUACACAUCUCGAAAUCACAGUGUGGUCAGAGUUGGAACAACGCAGCAAAACUCACUCCCUCCCGGCAAAAACACACACAUCUCGAGCCCCAAAGCCAUGUCACGUGCGGUGUGGUGCAUUUCCACGCCAGUUCCACGCGAAACUCCAAUGCGCAUCCGAAGUAAGUUGAAGGAGGGAGGCGUGCAAGGAUAUUGCUCUCGGGCACAACGGUGGCGACGGAAGAAAUCAUCAAGCCCAUUCAUUGUGCAUAAGUUCUUUACGUCUAUUAGAUAUUUAUCUUCCGUCGAAUGUGUGUGUGUGUGGCUCAGCGAAGCGAAAAACGUUUAACGUUUAGUUUUAUCCCAUUAAGACCGUUUAGUGUUUCACGACGACGACGACGACGACGACGACCACGACCACGAUGUAAAAAUGCUCUCCCUUAUACUUGUGACAAAAAGUGUACUUAUUGAACAAAGCAAUGCUAUAUAGCAAAGACAGAAACAAUACACAAACAUGUGGCGCCGCUUUCGAUCGAGGCAUUAUCACAGCAGGGGCGCACUUUUCCUAUCUGUCUAUCUUUAUGUAAGAUGGUUUUUAGUUUUCCAAAGCAUUAAUCAUUUUAUCGGCGCUCUCCUGGCUGGUGCACCUGGACCUAGGGUUUAUUUGUUAGUAGCACCACCACUAGCAACAUGUACUGCGGUGUAUCAGUGUGAUGCAUGCAAAAUCUCACUUGAUUUCAACGACAACGUUGACGGGAGAGCACGUGAGAAGGAAACAAACAAUUGAAAGACUGACUUAUUUCUAACAUCGCUCUGAUUUUCGUAUCAUUCAGCUAGGUUCUGUUCUGUUCUGUGCUGUCCACGCCACGCCACGCCAUGCCACGCCAAGCCACUGGCGGCGACAGCAGAGUUGCCUCAAUGCGUUAAGGGCACCUGUACGAUACGAUUACGACAGAUACGAUUUUAAACAAUCGGAAUGUAUGGUUGUGUUUCCUUGCUAUCAUCGAGUUUUGAACUUUAAUAUACUCAACGCUACUCUCACUUGAACUCCCAUACCAUUUGGACAAUUUCUAAAGGGUUGGAGUGUGUGUGUGCGAUUUUUAAAGUUUUAGCAUUUUGUACGUUGCUGAAUCGUUCGUUUGAUCAGCCUCCAUUUAUGCCGAACGAUUCCAACGCAAUGAUGAACAAAAAAUGCAAACCAGCGAGAGGGCGAGAGAGAGAGAGAGAGACCGAGCGAUAGAGCACCAUCAACAUAGAUAAUGGCCGGCAGUAAAAUCAGAAACCGGAGCAAAGUUAACAGAACAUGAGUGAAACACGUAUGAUAUAAAUGCACCACUUAAAAUAGCAAACGUACAGCAAAAACAGCAGGCCUUUUCGCGGGAGGAUACCCUUACGACUGAGCUCUAGGAAAUAGGAAGCAGAAAGUAGCGGAUGUGAUGUUAUGCGAUUGUGAACGCGACGGACCGGAAGAGGAAGAUUUGGAACAUCGUUGGCGAAAUGUGCCUGACGGUGUGUAACACACAGUCAGACAUGUACAUAAUGACACUUUUUCUGCUACGGAUGCAAGGCAUAAGAAUGCCAAAGGUCUCGUGUGUUCGAUCGUUUCGAUGGACCAAAAUACGAUCGUUGUUGGGGGGUGGGGUGAUGGUAGUGUCCUUAGGUAAGUGCGAUGCCUCCUGUCGUGUACGCUUUUAUGGCCCGUGUUUCAAUAAUCUGCAUUCCGUGUGCAAUGAGAUCGAUUGCCUGUUUUAAUAAAAUCGGUGCAGUAUCUUUCGCUGCGCCACCGUCACCGUACCGAUGACUUCCAAAAGGAUGGCUCAAUAGUGUGACCUCCUUGCCCUCAGCCAAAGACAGAAAGGACACGCACACACACACACACACACAGACACACUUAAUGUUUGGGUGCGAGUGAUGCAGCAGCAGGUUAGGAACACUGAUCGAACAGGGAACAAGUCAACCCACAGUGCUAAUGAACACGCGAACAAUACAUGCAUUUCAAUGAGGAGUACGUAGAAAACAAUCAAAAUAUAUGAGUCACGAUAGAGGAAAACAAAAGACAAAGAAAGAUGAGCAUAGUGGGAAGUAGAAAAUGACCAUACGUCCUCCACCAAUGAAAGAAAACAAAAACAACCACAUACAUACAUAUACAGAUGCACAUAAAGUUGCAAAAAGUUUAUGAAAAACAAGCAACAAGUAAAUAAAGAGAAGGAAAGUGAACAAUUACAAAGUAAGAUGCAAACACAAAGCUGUAUAAAGUGGCAAGUAAAAGGUCAACAAAAGAAAAAAAAAAAGACAACUGCGAACGACACAAUGCAGUUGUGUAAAUGGAUGGAUCGCUUAGAAACAACGCAUCAUAAGACGAAAACACAAAUUGGCAUCUUGGCAAUACUCGUUUGGGCGGUGGGUGCCAAGCCUUGGUGAAAUGACGAUAAGAAGGAAAACACGGAUUAGUGGCACGAAUACAGCAACGCUAAGCGUUAAAAAACAAGUCUGGAAACGAUGAUCGAACGAUUGAUGCUAUUAUUACUACUACUACUACAACUACUACUCCUAAUAAUGCUACUACCUAUUACUACUACACUACAGCAGCAAAAAACAGCAAAACAGCAACUACAACUACUACUAUUAUUACUAUUACUUCAACAACUACUCUAGUUUUUAGUGGUAAGAUGCAGCAAACCAGCAAAACUGAAGCAAAAACACACAGACACACACA